UUUCAGACUCACCAUGUGUUGUAUGCACAAAAACAUAGCUCAACUCUCACGCGCCUCCCAUCUCUCGUCCCCCUCUCUCUUCCCCACUCUCUCACACAUAAACAGAGAGGAAGAGAGAGACUGUAGGAAGAAGCAAACGUUUUCUCACUUCACUACCUGCCUGUCGUUUUUGUUGCAUCGAAAAAGAAACGGAAGUCACUUCUCUCUUCUCUCUCUUUUCUCCCUUUAAAAUCUCCUUCUUUUGCAUUUGGGUUUUUGCUCACCAGCUGACGAGCAAACAUGUUUCACCAGCCGAAUCUAGAGCUACCCAUUUCAUGGUUUUCUACCAUUUGAAGGAAAUCUUGUGCUUUUUUUACCUUUUGCUUCGUUUAAGGAGGGUUGGUCGGUGAAAGGUCAAAUUUUGUUCGGCUCGUUUGUUUUUCGCAGCUGUCAUAUAUUGAAUCUCUGAACAAAUCUGAGGGAACCCAUUUGGCCGGUGGCGGUGGAGGAGGCGGGAUUCGAAUAAAAGGUUCCUUUCACUUUACUCCUUUUGAUCAUGGAGGGAGAAACAUCGUGGUUUAGCCAUCCCUUUGAUAACAUGGCAAGAGGGACUACAGAGUAUGAUGCAUUCUCGGAGCUCAGUGAUGAAGGAAAUAGAGAAGCUAAUGCAGUUUCAGUGGAUUUGAUACUUCCUGAUGACCUGUUGGAACGGAUAUUAGCGUAUCUACCAGUUGCAAGCAUUUUCAGAGCACGUAGUGUGUGCAAAAGGUGGCAUGAAAUUCUUAGUUCAAGAAGGUUUCUGUGGAACUUUUCGAACGUGCUAUCUCAAAAACCUUGGUAUUUUAUGUUUACAAGUUCUAAUGAUCCAACUGGUUAUGCAUAUGAUCCUAUCCUCAGAAAGUGGUAUGGUAUUGAGCUCCCCUGUAUUGAGACAUCCAAUUGGUUAAUUGCGUCAUCAUGCGGUUUGGUUUGCUUUAUGGACAAUGAAAGUAGAACUGAGUUAUAUGUCUGCAACCCUAUUACCAAAACAUGCAGGAAGCUUCAGGAGCCCCCUGGCUUGAGAUUUUCUGAUUACAGUGCACCAGCAGUUUCCGUUAACAGGAAGUCACAUGGUUAUACUAUCUCAAUUGUGAAAUCUAAGCAAGUUGCUGGAAAUUUUUUCCAAUGGGAUGUGUCCAUUCAUAUUUAUGAUUCAGAAACAAUGAUGUGGGUGACCUCUUUGACAGAGGUUCUGACAGGAUGGAGAGGUGGAGAUGAGAGUGUAAUCUGUGACGGGGUUUUGUACUUCUUGAUUUACUCAACUGGGGGUGGGUCACCAGACAAUCGUCAUGGCCUAAUCACAUAUAAUUUAUCUGCUUGUUCUACCCAUGGGUUGUUGAUACGCAGUAUAAUUCCUGUACCUUGCUCUCUUACAUGUGGCCGUCUGAUGAACUUGAAAGAGAGGUUGGUUAUGGUGGGAGGGAUUGGUAAACAAGAUCGGCCUGACAUAAUUAAGGGGAUUGGUAUCUGGCUUCUAAAGGGGAAAGAGUGGCAAGAGAUUGCACGAAUGCCUCACAAGUUCUUCCAAGGGUUUGGGGAGUUUGAUGAUGUUUUCGCCAGCAGCGGCACAGAUGAUCUCAUAUACAUUCAGAGCUACGGAUCUCCUGCUCUUCUUGUAUUUGACAUGAACCUGAGGCAUUGGAGAUGGUCCCAGAAGUGCCCUGUAACAAAGAGGUUCCCACUUCAGCUCUUUACUGGUUUUUGUUUCGAACCGAGGCUCGAAAUUUCUCCUUGAUUGUGUGGAUUGAUAGGAUGUGGUGGUGGCAUUACACCAAUUUGUCUGAAUUUCCUGUGUUUCACCCUCGUUUUCUUUUCCCAUUAGUUUCCAGUUAGCACAUGUGUGUUCUAAAAGUUGUAUACAUAUAAUGUACCCGCAGAUAAAAAGCUGCUUAUUCAUGGUUAUGGCUAUAUUAUUCUUUCAAUUGGAAUUUGUCUCUAGUAAAUUCAAUCUUA